AUGGCGGAGGAGACGGCAGACGGUCGGCGUCUGUCAAUGUACGAUCCAGCUCGGGACAUAUUUGCAAAGGACGAACACGAUGGGUCCACAGAACGCGGUACAAGAACACACGACACUUCUGCUAGUCAUGGACAAACAGUUCCUAUUACUACUGCGUCAACAGCUGUUUCCCAGGCCAGUGCAGGCUUACAUUAUGAUCGCGCUUCUCACAUGCAGACUACGACAAACACUCCACCCUCAACCAAAACCGAGCCUGAAGUGAAACUUACUUCCAAGCCAAGCGAAGCUUUGUGUCAGGAUAAUAGUCGUUCUUCUGCAAUUGAGACGAAUUCAUCGCUACGAUCCGCACAUAAACAAAGCUCUUCGAUCACUACCUCAACUUCUUCGUCAAAAUUACCUCGACCGCGGACACCAAUGGCUGAUUCGACGCAAAACAAUCAGUCAGUCAGACAAGACCAGAAUGGAGCUGAAGCGCAGUCGUCGUCAGCGGAGAAACGAAAACCCACGGAAAAUGAGUCGGCAGACACUGCCAACCAAGGCGGUAGACAGCAACCUUCGAAGCGCAGACGCCGUGAAGAACGACCUCAGAGAGCUCCCCGACGUGAAGGUCCCUCUGCCUAUUCCCGACGAGACCGCUCCCCUCAAGGUCGCCCUUACGAUUCUCGCUCAGUGUCACCUGGGCGACGGGAAGCCGAAGCUCGACGAUCUCGUUCGCCGCUCCCUCGUCAACGAUCUAUCACACCUGAAGCCGAAGCUCGACAGAGGAAAAGACCUAGUGGAGGAGCGCGUUUGGGGACAGCUGGAAAGGAUUUGCUGAGACGUCGUCAGGAAGAGAGAGAACAAGCCCAACAACGGGAUGUCGAGAAGGAUCUACGGGAUCGCGGUGUCCACGAUGUCGUUCGGCAACACUACAACGCUGUGCCGGAGCGAGGACGGGAAUGGAGAAAAACAGAUAGUAAGAUCAAGGGACUACGGAGCUUUAACAACUGGAUCAAGAGUACUGUUAUACAAAAGUUCUCGCCAGACGAGGAAUUCUUGUCAAGCAAGACCGGAACCAAAGAAUGGGCUGCCGAUGCUGGAGGUCCUCCUGUUGAACGGAAGAAGCUGUUGGUAGUCGACCUAGGCUGUGGUAAAGGAGGUGAUCUUGGUAAAUGGCAGCAAGCUCCUCAGCCAGUUGAUCUCUACGUCGGACUAGAUCCUGCCGAGAUUUCCAUUGAGCAAGCUCGAGACCGGUACAAUGCAAUGAGAAAUCAGCGAAACCAACGAAAUAGACGCGGAAAUGCUCUUUUCCAUGCCGAGUUCCAUCCCAAGGAUUGCUUCGGUGAAUGGUUAGGAGAUCUUCGCAUCAUACAGGAAGUGGGCAUCGACGCCAAUGUUGGUCCUGACGCUAACCUCAUGAACGCACGAUGGGGUGGCGGUGGAUUCGACGUCGUCGUCAGCAUGUUCACAAUGCAUUAUGCCUUUGAAUCCGAACAAAAGGCACGACAGAUGCUACAGAAUGUAGCUGGCGCACUCAAAAAAGGCGGACGUUUCAUAGGUGUUGGACCAAAUUCGGAUGUGAUUAGUGCCAACAUUGCCGAAUAUCACAAAAAGCGCAAAGCUGAGAAGGAGGCCAACCCUAAAGACGAAGCCGCCGUAGAGGAUGGCGAGGUGGCAGAAGAGGAGAAGCUGGAAUGGGGUAACAGCAUCUAUCGAGUACGCUUCCCUGGUGCUACUCCUGAGGAUGGAGUAUUCCGUCCACCGUUUGGUUGGAAGUACAGUUAUUUCAUGGAGGAAGCUGUUGAAGAGAUUCCGGAAUACGUUGUUCCGUGGGAAGCUUUCCGAUACCUCACUACGGAGUAUAAUUUGGAACUGGUGUACCGCAAGCCAUUCCUUGAGAUCUGGCAUGAAGAGAAAGAUGACCCCGAACUCGGCCCGUUGAGUGAACGAAUGGGCGUUCGUGCCCGCGGAGGCGGAGAACUUCUCGUCAGCGACGAAGAGCUCGAUGCAGCUAGCUUCUAUCACGCUUUCGUCUUCCAAAAGGUUUAG